CCAGCGGCAGCAGAAGCCCGAGCCGGCGCGGGGCGCAGCGGCCCAGCCUGGAGCGAGCGCAGCCUCGUGCCCGCCGCCCGUGCCCGCCGCCGCUGCCGCCGCCGCCGCCGCCCGUGCCCGCCGCCCCCGGGGCAUGGCCUGUCUGAUGGCCGCUUUCUCGGUCGGCACCGCCAUGAACGCCAGCAGCUACUCUGCAGCGAUGACGGAGCCCAAGUCCGUGUGCGUCUCGGUGGACGAGGUGGUCUUGGGCAACAUGGAGGCCACCGAGACGGACCUGCUGAACGGACAUCUGAAGAAGGUGGACAACAACCUCACGGAGGCUCAGCGCUUUUCGUCCCUGCCCCGCAGGGCGGCCGUGAACAUCGAGUUCAAGGACCUCUCCUACUCCGUCCCCGAAGGACCCUGGUGGAGAAAGAAAGGAUACAAGACCCUUCUGAAAGGCAUCUCUGGGAAGUUCAACAGCGGGGAGCUGGUGGCCAUCAUGGGUCCCUCUGGGGCCGGGAAGUCCACACUCAUGAACAUUCUGGCUGGAUACAGGGAGACUGGCAUGAAGGGGGUCGUCCUCAUCAACGGCCUGCCCCGGGAUCUGCGCUGCUUCCGGAAGGUGUCCUGUUACAUCAUGCAGGACGACAUGCUGUUGCCACACCUCACUGUGCAGGAAGCCAUGAUGGUGUCUGCACACCUGAAGCUCCAGGAGAAGGACGAAGGCAGGAGGGAGAUGGUCAAGGAGAUCCUGACGGCUCUGGGCUUGCUCUCUUGCGCUAACACGAGAACCGGAAGCCUCUCGGGCGGCCAACGGAAGCGCCUGGCCAUCGCACUGGAGCUGGUGAACAACCCUCCCGUCAUGUUCUUCGAUGAGCCCACCAGCGGCCUGGACAGUGCCUCCUGCUUCCAGGUGGUCUCCCUGAUGAAAGGACUGGCCCAAGGAGGGAGGUCCAUCAUCUGCACUGUGCAUCAGCCCAGCGCCAAGCUCUUCGAGCUCUUUGACCAGCUUUAUGUCCUUAGUCAAGGACAAUGUGUGUACCGGGGAAAAGUCUCCAAUCUUGUGCCAUACUUGAGGGAAUUAGGUCUGAAUUGCCCAACCUAUCACAACCCUGCUGACUUUGUCAUGGAGGUAGCGUCCGGUGAAUACGGUGACCAGAACAGCCGCCUGGUGAGAGCCGUCCGGGAGGGCAUGUGUGAUUCUGACCACAGGAGAGAGCCUGGGGGGGAUGCCGAGGUGAACCCUUUUCUUUGGCACCGGCCCUCUGAAGAGGUAAAGCAGGCAAAACGAUUAAAGGGGUUGAGAAAGGACUCCACCUCCAUGGAAGGCUGUCACAGCUUCUCGGCCAGCUGCCUCACCCAGUUCUGCAUUCUCUUCAAAAGGACCUUCCUCAGUAUCAUGAGAGAUUCGGUCCUGACGCACCUGCGGAUCACGUCUCACAUCGGCAUCGGCCUCCUCAUCGGCCUGCUCUACCUGGGGAUCGGGAACGAAGCCAAGAAGGUCCUGAGUAACUCCGGCUUCCUCUUCUUCUCCAUGCUGUUCCUCAUGUUCGCGGCCCUCAUGCCCACCGUUCUCACAUUCCCCCUGGAGAUGGGAGUGUUCCUUCGGGAACACCUGAACUACUGGUACAGCCUGAAAGCCUACUACCUGGCCAAGACCAUGGCCGAUGUCCCCUUCCAGAUCAUGUUCCCGGUGGCCUACUGCAGCAUCGUGUACUGGAUGACGUCACAGCCGUCCGACGCCGUGAGGUUCGUCCUGUUUGCCGCGCUGGGCACCAUGACCUCUCUGGUGGCGCAGUCCCUGGGUCUGCUGAUUGGAGCUGCCUCGACGUCCCUGCAGGUGGCAACCUUUGUGGGCCCUGUGACGGCCAUCCCCGUCCUCCUCUUCUCGGGGUUCUUCGUCAGCUUCGACACGAUCCCAGCUUACCUGCAGUGGAUGUCGUACAUCUCCUACGUCAGGUACGGGUUCGAAGGGGUCAUCCUGUCCAUCUACGGCCUGGACCGGGAGGACCUGCACUGUGGCAUCGACGAGACGUGCCACUUCCAGAAGUCAGAGGCCAUCCUGCGGGAGCUGGACGUGGAGGACGCCAAGCUCUACCUGGACUUCAUCGUCCUGGGGGUUUUCUUCAUCUCCCUGCGCCUCAUUGCCUACUUCGUCCUGAGAUACAAGAUCCGGGCCGAGAGGUAAAACACCGGAAUGCCGGCAGAGGGCGGAGUAGACAGUGCGGCCCAGGGUGGCUUGUAGGAUCGCGGCGGCAGGGCCGUGCCCGCGGACACAGGGACCCCCGCCACCCAGCCCUGGCAGCGCCCUCGGGCUGCGGGCGUCAGGCCGCCCCGUCCGCGCAGCCCGGCCGGGCCUUCGCUCCGUCCCCCUUUCUGGAUCCGCCGGGGAAGCGGGUGUAGAGGUGUGUCCGCGAGCAGCAUUUCACAACGCGGCGGCGGGGCGGCCGGGGAGGAAGGCCAGCGCCCGCGGCCCCGCUCAUGACUGUCGCUGUCACCCCCCCACGGUCUGCCUCCUUCUCCACGGAGAAGUCACCUUCCAAGCCAAAAGCCGAUAACUCUCAUCCAUUUGAAGAAACUGUAUCUUUUUAGUACUCGUCGAAGAACACGAUUCAGGGUAAAUAACACACUUUGCUUCGAGAGGCGAGGGGUUGAACUUCACCGCGGGACUGGUCUCGUUUUUUGGGCUGAAGCUGUAAAAGAUGGAGACACGGUCCCCGGCGGAGAGAAGGUUCUGGAGCUGCACGUGCUCAGCCGCGCCGGAAUUUCAAGAAGUCGUGAGGAAAGAUGGAGGGUGAGGUUGGCCGACGCCCCCCAAGCCUUCUGUUUCCCCCCGUGCUUCUUAUCUUAAGCAAAACAUAUUGUUUAUUUCUUUCUAACUCUCUGAACACCUUAAUUUUGCCUACAACAUGUCCAGAAAAUUGGCUUUGUUGAUGUUUUACCCAUGUGUCUCUCUCCCCACGUAUCACAUCACCUACCUCCACGGAGCUGGGAGUGCUGGGCUUGCGGAAAGUCCAGGGGGGCACACGGAGGGCCGUGAGGGGACCCCACUGUGGCUGGGGGGGGGCGGUGGGGAGGGUGCCCAGACCCCAGAGCAUCCAAGGCCCUUGCAAGAAAGCGGCGAACACCGUGUGGCCGAGACGCUUGUGGUUUGGCCAAGCGGUGGACAGGGUUGUGGGCAAUGCCACCUGCCAAGCCCCGUUUCAGUGGCACCUCCUCCUCCUCAGCCCUGGCUGGGCUGGUGGCGAUGUCGUGGAUCAGAAGCUCCUUCUUCCCCGUGAAGGAGGUCGAGGGUGCAUCUAGGGGAGGGGUAAACGGCCUCUGGCUUGCUACCAGGUGCCUGGGCGCUUACCAGCCGUCAGAGGCAGUGUGACCACAGGGUGGAGGUCGGAAGAGGCCAGAGAAGGGGAUGGAGUGUUGCCCCCUUGGAAUCUCCUUGCCCUGGGGCCGGGGUCUCCUAGUGACUCUGGCUCCUUCCCGCCCUGAGCCUGGAUCUCCUGGUCUGUGAACGGUAGCGCUGGGCGGUCUUCAAGGCCGCUUUCAGCCCUGAGAGGUUCUGCGCCUCCUCAGCCGUGUUCCCAAAGCUUCUAUUUCCUACUUGAAGAGAAUGGAGAGCGUUGAGAUUUUGCCGGCGCAUGGAUUUGACUCGCAGAUACUUGGUGAUCCCUUCUUUGCUCCACGUGAUGAUCCCUUUGCUCCCGCUUUGAUCCGUUUUAGUAAACACAGUGGAGACAUGUUACAACGUAGCUUUGAGUUUCAUGGUUCUGUGCAAAUGGGGCAUCACCGGCCAGAUGAAGCGAUUUAACCAGGAUCGCUUUUUAGGCGCCAUAAAAAGUCUUCGUUUAAUUUCAAGACAGAUUUGCCUGCAAGAUGUCACAGGUAGGAAGUCCCCCAUGGGAACAGCCUGGUGAAAUAGAGAGGGGGUGGGGCCGGGGGGAUGGCUUUGGUCACGCCACAGUGACAUCAGGUGAGCCCUCUGGAGGCAGGUCUGUGACCCUGCUAAGGACGGGCUGGCCGGGAGCUGCAAUGCAGGACCCAGCCCUCCCCCUACCAGGCACCAUUUGUGACCCGAGCCCACCGUGCGGUGUCUCAGCCAUUUCAGAAGGAAACCGAUUCCUUGAGACCGAAAAUCUAGUUUCCAAGUGUCCCUGCGUCCUCAGAAGGAAAUAUUUCCCUAGGAGUGCAUCCUCCCUGCAUUCUCCAUUUUCCACUCUUGAGAAAUUACAUUUGUCCCUUAAUAGAUGUAGACGGGUAGGGGGCAGAUGUGGCGGAUGUGAGGCUGUCCGCCGUCGAGGAAAAUGCAUGUGCAAAGCAACAGGGCGCUGACUGGUGUGUGUCACGAAUACUGUCGUGGCCAGGUAGGGGAUUUGCUCAGAAAGACCUUGGGGCGCCUUGAGAGAGGCGGUCAGUCCCGGGACGCCGUCCCUCCCCCGUCGGCGGCAGGUGCCCCCCGCUGGCGCCUUCACACAGACCCUGGGCGACAGUGAUGCAAACCGUGUUCCUUGCGUCCCCAGGUGGCUGGGUACAACGUCUCACUCGGAUGACCUAAGCUAACGUCCAGACAACCUGUUGACUUGUUUUUGAACUCGUUGCGGUUAAGAGGGGGGUGUCCACCUGCUGGGACUGAAUCGAGGCCAGCUGCCCAGAUUUAAUUCUCGUCGUGAGUUCUGAAUGCAAUGCCUCCUCUCAUGUCUGUGAUUCUUCAUUUAGAGGAAAGAGUGAAAUCUUGCGUGAGAGAUGUGCAGCCCCUCCAGUGUUAGGAGAGGCAAAAGCGCGAGUCCAAAGGGUCUCGCUUCUAAGUUCGGCUUGUCAGGCGAGAAGGGGGAGCAGCGGGGUCCGACAGCUGCGGGACCUGGGGUCUGGUGCCAGCCGCACCUUGGGAGCCUUCCACGGGUGCCACCGUAGGAUUGUGCCCCUUUUUGCUCCUGGUCUCGCUGAGGACCAGCCGGAGGGGGCAGUUCUUCCAAGGGUCCCGUGUGGGUGCCAUGGGGAGCUCUCCCCAGGGAGGGAAGAAACCCUGUACAUGGAAGAUGCUGGAGUCUGGUGAUGUCACCUUGGGCAAGGGGCCUUCGGGACCAGGAGAAAGCUCAUCCCAGAGACCCACAAAAAGGCAACGUUCCCAGGGAGCAUGACCAGGAGGUCAGGGACAGGUGGAAUCACCUUCUGUGGUUUGGCUGAGAGGACGGAAACCCCAGGCCGCCGUGUACUGAGCGUGUUUUCCCUGCUGGUUGUCCCGGACACCGAGCCAGGAGCCGCGGGGGCCCUCUGUUCAUCCCCUCACUCAGCAAACACGGUCACUGGUGCUCCCCACGUGCUUGGUGCUAGUGUCUCAGGCCCUGGGGGCCCAGGGGGAGGGAACCCAGAGAUGGCUUGGCCUCCAGGGCGGCAGGUGAUGGGGCGGGGGUUGUAUUCAUUCUGCAGAUGCAGAAGGCCGGGCAGGGGAGGACGGGCGAGGUCUCAGUCCGACACCAGGGAAGAGCGCACUGGAAAUUUGAGCGGGGGUCUGACCCCAGGUCUUUUUUUUUUUUUCUUUCACUUUGCCCUGUUGCCUCCUAUUUGUGAUGUACAAAUACACAUGAAAAUACUUCCUAAAGCAUAAAGUGCAAUACUAGAAUACUAGCUUAGUGGCUGUUCAUUGUGGACUUGGCUGCUACCAAACAGAAAGCCGAGACAGGAGGGUGGCCCAUGCCCCACCCUCCCCCCACACCAUCGCCCGGCAUGGGGUUGUCCCUCCGGCCUUGGAGUCUGAGCUGACUCCUGUCUCGUGGAGAGGUGCCUUCCUCUGCUCCGGCCUGGUCUUAGCUUCCUAAAGCGGCGUACCUGAAUAUUAGCUGGGGCUAGAGAGGGCUGGUGUGUGUGUGUGUGUGCACGCACGCACACGUGCUCCGUCUCCAAAUUCUCCGUCAUCCUUUAUUCCCAGAAGGUGGGAGAAAAUUCCACUUCAUGCCUGCCGUGCAGACGGCUAAGAGCGUAGUCAAAAUCCGCUGAGGCUCCCACAUCCAAUGCCGUGUAAAUGUGACCAAGGGUCAAACACAACACCCAAGAUGGGGAAGUGCAGAGUGUGUGAAUAUAAAGUUAGAUAACUUUUAAGAAAUCAAGACUGCUAAUAAAAUAUUUUACAUAAAACGUUUCACUUGUGUUCAGUGUUAAAUGCUUCCAGUUCAGAAUGAUUUGCUUAAAUCUUACUAGGUAAAAUGGGUUUUUAGGUUGCAUUUUGAAUACAUUUGUUGUGCGUCUAGUAAGAUUCUCGCUUUGUUACUUGGCGUUCUGGUCUAACACCCCCGCUUGUAAAUUCACCUUCCUCUCCGGACACCAUGUUGUGUCUUAAAACUUUGUGCUUUUGCUCUGUUCUCCCAGACCCCCACCCACUUCCUCCUGCCCUGUCAAUGUCGGCCACAACCUCAAACAGGGCCGAGCCCCCCAGUGCGCUGUGGCCCGUGUGCCCCUUCCUCUCCAAUCCCCUCCGUCUUGGAGUGAGCUCUGGGGGCACAGGCACUGGUGGCCAUUCUUCAGACGAAUAUCCCCCUCUCCUUGCUCUCAUGUUCCCGGACACCCACUUCUCUGGCCUGGCCUCUGUGGAGGCGGCUGUGAUGGGGAAAGCAUGUUCUCCCUAGGUUUGGCUCCCCAGGCGGACGUGAGCGGGACCCAGAAGGAAGCCGGUGCUGUGCACUGCUUUAGCUCCCCCGGAGCAAGGACUUAAGGGCAGUGGUGCUUAAGGCCUGGCCUUCAAACGGGUCUUCGCUCCCACCUCUGGUAAACAAGCAGAGAGCCGGGCUGAGCAAAGUGGCAGAACGAUUGGCCCCUGCAAAUCCUAAGUGACAGGGACAGAAGGUGGCCUGCAAGAUCGGAGGGCACCCCACGUGUGGGACCGGCUCAAAGUGGCUCCGUGUGCUCACCUGCUCCCUCUGCUUCCCCUUCCGCACCCGCCUGCCUCCGCAGACCCUCCAGUCCCGCCUCGGCCCUUCUGGGUCACUGUCCUCGGACUCCCCUGGGAUCAUCGCCCUCUGCAAAGACCGGGGGCCUCCCUGGGGCCAGAGGCCAGCAGGGCAGGGAAGACGCCUCACGGUGGGCUCAGCUCAGCCCGUUUGUGAAAUCCAAGCGUCCAGGGCAGGAAGGCAGAGCGAAGGUGACGCCCAGGCCCGCCCUUCCAGGCGGUGUAGCUGGGUUUUCUGAGAACCACCGCACGUUCUUCCCGUUUCUUUCUCUCAUCUUGGCGCAGACAGAAGGGUUUAGCCCGAGCCCGAUUUCGUACGUUACCUCUGAACAUGCCAACUUGCAGUCGUUCCUCCAACAGACGCUUGUGUGGCCGAGUCGAGGGCGCACGGAGGCCGGCCGAGGGAACCCGCCGUGCGUUUAUGUCAACCCGGUUUGUAUAAAUGAGCUUAGGUCGGGCUCAGCCCCUGACGCCUCCCCGUUCUCAGAAAUAGCCCCCUGGCGUCGCGAAGGAGAAAACGACCAGGCACAUUAGGUACCGUGUUGCGGCCCGGGCAAGGGACUGUCCCUGGUGGGGGCACAGCUUGGGGGCUUUCCCGCAGCACAAAGACCAUCGUGAAGAGGAAGAGGAGGAAGCGAGAGCGUGAAGUGUCCUUGUUUGAUCGCAGGGGCGGGGUGGGGGGAGACUGCUGCUGUGUCCGGCCGGCUUUCUGAGGCUGCAGGACGGAGGAGGCAGAGCCCUGGGGGUCCUUCACGGCUGGAGGGCUGGGCUGGCCCGAUCCGCUCCUCCUUCCGGGGAGACCCCCCACGGUCUCGACCGAGGACAUGACCCCGGGCGCGCGUGCCUUUCUCGCCGAGCUUGCAAUUCCCGGUUUCCAGAGGGUCCUCCCUCAGCCCCUAAGCAGGAGCACCAAAUCUUGGGAGCGGCACGAGCCCCAAGCCACAUAAAGAAGCAGCAGCAAAACUCGACGUUGCUACACGGAGCUGAGGUUUUCCUCCGUGGGGCAGCUCCUCCCUGUCCUGGAGCAUCUGCGUGAACGGAAGAGAGAAUCCCGUUCGUCGCCUUUGGGUGCCUUUGGCCUACACUUUGCACAUGAACUUAAAUGUGACCCUGGUGUUGUGUACAGUUAAACGGCAUUUCACCUCUGCACGCGGGAGGCGUUCGCCACGCGCAGCAGGGCCGGGCGGGCCGGGGUGGGGGAUGCUGGGGCCAGGCCGGUGGGCGACAGAGCGCCCCGGUGACGUUCCACUGCAGGCCCGCUGGGCCCAGUUCUCAAGGCCCGCCCCCCUCCCCAGACCAGUCCCCCCGGGGAAGGAAAGCCCUUGCCAGCAGCUCACAGGUGGACGGUGUUCCUCUGCCCCACCUGCCCUGAGGGCUGGCCCAGCAACAGAUCCCAGCACAGCCUGGGGGCGCACAGGGAGCUGGGGGAAACCGCUGGCCCAUUUCUGCCGCACAGGUCACCAAAACGGCCUCCCCUCCUGGGCCGCCCCGAAUGUGCCCUCUCCCGCUGGACGGAAUGAUUAGGCCAAGGGGGAGGUAAAAGUCAUGGGGAACACAGGGUGAAGGUUGGGAGCCCCAGGGUCUGGGGUUCCUGGAGAUCUCAGGGUGCAGCCCGGUCCGAACAGUCCCACGGGUCUUGGUUUUCCUGGAAGUAUUUCAAUGGUCGUGGUAGCUAUUUUGUUCUUAUUUUUUGUUCUUUGUUCUUGUUUGUUUUACCUUGUGUACUUGUUUUUGACAAUUCUGUCCUCGUGUACCCCAGGGGUCUCUUUCCCAUGACAUUUCCAUGACGCCCGAGCGUCGCCAUCAACAUCUCGUUUUUAAGUUCUCGGCCACUCGAAAACGGUAGAAAGAGUCCUCUCAUCCGAGUUGCUGAUAAAAUGGGCCACCGAAGCCGCACAGCGGGGUUUCCGUUUCUAUAAUCUUAAGGUCACUGUAGAAGGGGCUAAAAGAGUAGUUUCUCAGUAGAAGACGUAUGUUUAAAACAAAGUUACUGUCUGUAACCAGCCCUUUGAGCCUUGUUUGCAUUUUCCUUUGCAGACAUAGUGGGUGUGUGGGCAGGUGGCCAGUCGUUGCCUUUCAUCUGAUGAGUCGCUGCUGAGUGUUACCCCUUUGUUGUCCCAAAGCAAGAGUCAAUGCAAGCAACGUUUUCAAUCAGCGUGCAAACGCGUGCAUAUAUCUGUAUGCCUAAUCUGUGAUUGUAUAAUCCCUGGUUUUUAAAACACCGUAUGGAUGACUUUGCAACGAUCUUGCCAUUGUUAUUUAGGGAAUACCGUCGCCUGCGCGCUCUGCGAGAGGUUUGCACCGUUGUAGAUAAACACCACACGUGUAUGUACAUACGUAUAUACAAAUAUAUAUAUUUAAAAAUAACGCCGGCUCUCUCGGGUACCUGUUUCAGGGGCUGUCCACUCCGUUGGAACAGAGACCCGAGCAGACCCUAGGAUGCGAGCUUUCUAACUGUACCCUACAGGCUUCGGUCCUGUUGUGUACAUUUCUGUAGAGUUACCUCCUUAGAAGAUUUGUACGUGCGUUUUUUGCAGACCUGAACUUUGUUUUCUGAAACUAGAUGCCACUUAGGAAAAUGUGACAUAAGUCAAAUAAAGCAUUGUUAUUUUCA